AUGGGGUCCUAUUUGGAGUUAAUAACAUCGGUUAACGAUGUUACCAUUUCGCUGGCUGCACCAGUAAUCGCUUACUGGGUUGCUUCAGGGUUUUUUGGAUUUAUUUCGUGGUUGAACUUGCCGUUUUUUGAGAAAUAUCGCCUCCAUACGCCAGAGGAGAUCGCAAAGCGCAACCGUAUUGCUCACAGUAAAGUGAUCCGAGCUGUUUUGUUCCAACAGUUUUGCGAGGUUGCCGUGGGUUUGGCACUCGCGUAUUUUGAUGGUUCGUCCAAGACGAAGAGUAAUGCAGAACUGGACCUUUUGCGCUACACCCUCUUCUUUGAAAAUCAUGCGCCAAUGCUAUUGACUAUUGUCCCCUUCCUUCCACGGCUCGCGUAUUACGCGCUUGUUCCUGGCCUGCAAUUCUUUGUGGCUUUUUUUAUCAUCGACACCUGGCAGUACUUUUGGCAUCGUUACUUGCACAGCAACAAGGCCCUGUACAAUAUGAUCCAUGCCCACCACCAUCGUCUGUAUGUCCCUUACGCCACGGGUGCGCUGUACAAUCAUCCCUUCGAGGGUCUUAUUCUUGACACCUUUGGCGCGGGUGUUGCCUAUUUGGUAGCUGGCUUGACCCCUCGUCAGUCCAUCAUCUUUUUCACCCUUUCCACGCUAAAGACUGUUGAUGAUCAUUGUGGUUAUGUUUUCCCUUGGGAUCCGCUUCAAAUUGUAUUCACGAAUAAUGCCAGAUAUCACGAUCUUCACCAUCAGCCGUACGGUUUCCUCAAAAACUAUAGCCAGCCCUACUUUACCUUCUGGGACCAUGUCCUUGGAACUUACAUGGCUCCCAUUGGCAAUCUGUCGAUGGAGGAGCGUAAAAAGCUUACUGAGCGCAAUGGCAAGAAAGCCAAUUAA